GGCCCGGCAUCCCCGCCAUGGUGAACCUGGGCGUGCGGCGGGUGGAGGAUGAUGUGGCCGCCAAGCACCCGGCGCUGCAGCAGUACGCGGCCUGCCAGUCUCACGCCUUCAUGAAGGGCAUCGGCACCUUCCUGGCAGGCAGCGGGGCCGCCUUCGCAGUGCAGAAGCUGGCGCGGCAGAAGCUGCCGUACAGCCCGCAGUGGAGCCUGCUGCUGGCUGCGGCUGCAGGGUCCCUCGGAAGUUACGUGGUAGCCAGAGCUGAGACGCAGAAAUGCUCCAACUUCUGGAUUUACCUGGAGACAGGCAAGUCCCCACAGGAGCUCGCCGUGACUGAUGGGGUGUCUCAGCCCGCAGAAAACCUCUCCAGUGCAGAGGGGGACGGCGCUGCAACACUGGUGAGGAGGAACAGGUACGGCGACGUGGUGGAGUAGCCAGCAGAGUAUAGCAUGCUGUGCCCAUGUCCUGCUUCACCCCCUCUUGCCUGCCCAACCCGAUGCUGCCCACGCUGCCUGUGAGAGUGAUGGGCUUGGUGACACUGCUGGAAAGCUCAGAGGACUUGAUCCUGCAGUGAGAGCAUGGUGGAAGCAUCUCAGGAAUUGCUGCUGCCUGCCCCAUGGCCUCUGCAAAUUGCACUGGAGGUACAAUAAAAGUUGAGAGCUGAAGGCA